GCCGCGGAUGUAAAGAAGAAGCAGGUUUGUGGUGGUGUGCGCGCUGCCGUAGUGAUGCUGGUGAUGUUUUGGUUUUGGGUCUUGUGUUCUGGUUCUGGUUCUGGUUCUGGUUCUGGUUCUUCCAGCCGCUGUGACAGUUCUACGGAGUCCUUUGCCGGCCGUCGCUGCUCCUCCUGGCGCGGGACGGCCUGAUGGAGAAGCCCGGAGACACGGUGGACUCUGUGUCCAGGAAACGCUGUGAUUCCUUCGGGAUGCUGGAUGGAUUGGAUGAGGACCGGAGCAGCUGCAGCACCGACUCCAGUGGGCUGAGUGGCGGAUCCACUCCUGAUGACAGUGAGGACGAUGAACUUGGUGGAACCUCAUCCCUGACGCUCAUCAAGACCAAUGGGCAGGUGUACACGUAUCCUGACGGGAAAGCGGGCAUGGCCACCUGUGAGAUGUGCGGCAUGGUUGGUGUUAGAGACGCUUUCUACAGUAAAACCAAACGCUUCUGCAGCGUCUCCUGCUCCAGAAGUUACUCGUCCAACUCCAAGAAGGCCAGCGUCCUCGCCAGGCUGCAGGGGAAGCCUCCCACUAAGAAGGCAAAGGUUCUGCACAAACAGCCUUUGGUGUCAAAGCUAGCAGCAUCCAGUCAGCACCACACGAACCAGCAGGGUGGCAUUAAAAAAAGUGUGUCUGUUAAUGUCUUUGACUGGGGCAAAUACCUCGGAGGCGGAGAUGUGAUGGUGGCACCAGUCAGCUGCUUCAAACAUGUUUCGAUGGGGAAGUCCUGGGGCGACAUCAGCGAGGGCCUUCGUGUUGAAGUUCCAAACACUGACAGUGGACUGCCGAUGAAGGUUUACUGGAUCGCUGGAAUCAUCAAACUGGCUGGUUUUAAGGCGCUGCUGCGAUACGAGGGUUUUGACACCGACUCCACCAGAGACUUCUGGCUGAAUCUGUGCGUACCAGACAUCCACCCAGUCGGCUGGUGCGCCGCCGGAGGCAAACCUCUGGUUCCUCCUCAGUCUAUCCUUCACAGAAUCACCAACUGGAAAAACUAUUUGAUCAAAAAACUGACGGGAUCAAAAACACUGCCACCAGACUUCUCUUCAAAGGUGCAGGAGAGCAUGCAGUUUCCCUUUAAGAAGAAGAUGAGGGUAGAGGUGGUCGAUAAGACUCACCUGUGUCGGACUCGUGUCGCUCUGGUUGAACAGGUCAUUGGCGGGCGUCUGCUUGUGUACGAGGAUGUGGUGAACGGGACCGAUGACUUCUGGUGUCACAUGUACAGUCCUCUGAUCCACAGCGUAGGCUGGUCUCGCUCAAUCGGACACCGCUUCAAGAGAUCUGACGUAUCCAAGAAGGCAGGCAGUCAGAUUGAUGCUCCUGGACAGCUGUUUGCCAAGGUUAUGGAGGUGGAUCAGAGCAGCUUGUGGUUCGAGGAGGGAAUGAAGCUGGAGGCCAUCGACCCACUGAACCUGUCUGCCAUCUGUGUGGCCACAGUCCGGAAGGUUCUGGCAGACGGGUAUCUGAUGAUCGGUAUCGAUGGUUCUGAGGCUGCUGAUGGCUCAGAUUGGUUCUGUUAUCACUCCACGUCUCCCUCCAUCUUCCCCGCAGGCUUCUGUGAGAUCAAUGACAUCCAACUCAUGCCUCCUCGAGGUUACACAAACCUUCCUUUCAGCUGGUUUGAGUAUCUGAAGGAGAAGAAGUCUGUGGCUGCUCCUGUGAGCCUCUUCAACAAGGACAUUCCCAACCACGGGUUCCGUCCCGGCAUGAAGCUGGAAGCUGUUGAUCUGAUGGAGCCCAGGUUGGUUUGUGUCGCCACAGUGACACGUAUCGUCCACCAGUUGCUACGGAUACACUUUGAUGGCUGGGAGGACGAGUACGACCAGUGGGUGGACUGUGAAUCCCCUGACCUCUACCCGGUGGGCUGGUGUCAGUUGACUGGGUACCAGCUUCAGCCUCCUGCUCUGACCGCCGAUCUCCAGUCAUCAGCAUCCAAACAGAGGAAAAAAUCACAGCAGUACAAAGGUCCAAAGAAAAAGCGGAAGCUUCCGGUUGUCAAACGAGCUGUCAGUCUGUCUACUGCCACAUUAACGGGCGUCCCCAGAAGCCUAUCAGGGGACGAGAAUGAGACUCCACCCAGUUAUCCAUCACCCCCUACUCCUGGCUCUGCUGAGCUGGUGCGGUCCAAAAGGACAGCAGGUUCACACAUUAAAGAAGACAACACUGAGGGGGCGGAGUUAUCUUCUGACGUGCUCAAAAUGGAAACCAACGGCCUCUCUGGGUUUUUUACCAGGGAGGAACCGUAGGACUCGGUUCUCCUUCUCUUUGUGUCUCCAUC